AUGUAAACUACUUUUACAGUAUUUUUAUGAUAACUAAAAUUGCUUUUAAUGUCAUUAAGUUAUGGUUACUAACGAUUAUCAUUACAUUUGUAGUCAACUUAUUUAUAGCAAUAAUAUAUUAAUUUAAUUAUAUCUUUUCAAACUAUUAUUGAUUUGCGAUUAAAGUUGCAUAAAGUGAUCGUAAAGUGAAGUCAACGUUCAGUUUGUUUGUUGAGAUAAUCACCAAAAAUGAUGGACAGAACUGAAAGUUUUGCCGAUUGUUUGCAAACAAUUAAACGCCAAAACAAAGCGAUUCGUGAAAUCAUUUCAAACGAUAAACAAUUGAAAGCCGAGAGAAAGACGUCAAAAGUUAAUUUGAAUCCAAACCACGAAUUCAAUAGAAAUGCUAAAGAUUUGGUCAAAUCGAUCACUGAUAUGAAGAAGUAUUUAUUAGAUAACAGAAAAGAUUAUAUCAAUAUUUACUCUCCUUUGCUAUCAUUGGCGUCAAUGAUGACCGACAGAGAACGGGAUGAGAUCGACGAAGACGUGGAACAGUUCAUCAAAAUAUGUAACGACACGGCCAUCAAGUGUCUUAAAAAUGAUGCAAAGAGAGGAGCGAAGAGUCAAUUAACUGAUCACCAAAACAAUGUGAUUGAUUUGAUUGAGAAAUAUUUGAAAAAUGUUUGCAAUAUUCAUAGCAAACAGAAAGCCAUUAGAAUUAAGAGAGCGGUCGAAAAGCAACGACUUUUACGGUUAGGGCAUAUCAUUGCAAAUAAAAACACUCAGAAUAUUGGCGACAAAGACUUGCAUUCAAAUGAAGCGAAUCUCACGACUGAUAAUAAUAAAGACAAACGAAAUGGUGAAACGAAAUUAAGUGAAGAGUCAGUCGUCUAUGACGUGAACUAUAAUAGAGAUAAUGAGAACAAGAAUGAGGUGUCGAUUGAGUCUAACGGGAAUGCAAUACCGAAUGAGGAGACGUACCAACAGUUAGAGCUUAACAAACAUGAGAUGCAAAUGUUUGAAGAAGAGAAUCAACACUUAUAUGAAGACAUGAAUAGUUUGAGCGAUGAAGUGAAGGACAUUGAACUAAAAGUGGUCGAAAUCGCGAGACUUCAAGAAAUAUUCACCGAUAAUGUACUGAAACAGGAAAUCGAUUUGAAUAAACUCAACGAUUUGACCGUUUCUUCCACCGAAAACAUCAGAGGAGGGAAUCAACAGUUGAGAGAAGCCAUGAAGAAAAAUGCGGGCUUUAGGGUAUGGAUUCUCUUCUUCAUCACUACUCUCGCAUUCACUGUACUCUUCCUCGACUGGUAUAACGAUUAACUCAAACAUUGUUAUCAUAUAUUAAUUUUUAAAUACUGUUUAUUAAAUAAAAAUUUUGAAUAAUUUAAUUAAA